AUGUCGCGGACUUGGAACACUGAUUCCACCAGCUCCACUCGGAGCGCCGAGAAAUUCGGCCUUGACGAGAAGGACAACGCCAGCAUUCUGGUCUACAAAUAUCGCACUGGCCUGGACCUGUCGUCGCAGGAAGACCUCUGCAAGGCCUUGGACAAAGGCAGGUUGCACCAACUCCAUCCCUCCCUGCGCGUCACUCGCAAGCGCAUCCCGCGCGGCGACAGUAGAGUCGAAGUGAAGCGCGAAGACCUCUGGAACGACGAGGAGAAGAGCACGUACUCGGACUUCCCCAACAGCAAGUCCGGGCUGGCCAGCGUCUGCCUGCCGCGCAGCGUCUGGUUCAAGCGCAUGCUCUUCAACCAGUUCCAGGACCUCUACAUCGUCUCGCCCGAAACCACGCCGACCAGCUCGCUGAACGGCUCGCCCGAGUCGUCGCAGUGCUCGCCCAGCAGCACUUGGAACCACCGCCCCGACGAUCACGAGGGCGCCGCCGCACCUCAUCCGGACGAGCAGCAGCAUCACAACCAUACUCCGGGCGAUAACUAG